AUGUCAGAUACCCAAGUUUCAACCCACAAUUUCAAAGUCGUUGACGGCUUAUCUCUUUCAAUCGAUGUCUCCAAGCCAGCAAAUGCUCCGCACAAUGGGAUCGUGCUGCUUCAUUUCCACGGAGGGUUCCUGGUUUUAGGAGAGAAAACCACCUUCCCACCACACUGGUUGAUCAACGCCUGCCACGCCCGAGGCUGGAUCUAUGCAAGUCCAUCCUACCGCCUAUUGCCUGAAUCAACAGGCCUGGAUAUUCUCUCUGAUACCCUUGACGCCGUCGAUUGGGUGCGCCGCAACAUCAGCGACCGAGUCAUCAUCGCUGGAUCCAGCGCCGGUGGGUACCUUGCACUCGCGACAGCAGCGCAUCCGAGCUGCCCCAAGUCUCUGGCCGUUCUGUCCGUCUAUGGGAUGCUUGAUCCCGCAGGCGAGAGAUACACUAGACCUGGACAGGCUCUGGUGAAUCCGGUUGAAGAUCUGCCAACCACAUUGCAAGAAGUCGACAAAGCGAGUAGAGAUGGCCAUGCGAUAGAUGGGUACCCCUUUCCCACGACACCCGCUGCAGAUCAGAGACAUAGGUGGAUUCGGGCUCUGCACGAGGGUGCCAGGUAUCCCGAUGUGCUCACGCGAGUGCCAGGACUAGCGGAGCAGAUUGUCGAAAAGGGAGUUUCUGUCAUGCCGGAGAAGUUUCGCCCGCUGUUUCCCGCAUCUUUUGGAUUGAAAAAAGACCUUGCUCCGACAAUUCUCGUGCACGGUGAUUCUGAUGUGCUGGUUGGAUAUGAGCAGAGUGCUUCUGUCGCUGAGAGAAUGUCGUCCGCUGGUAUCGAUGUUACUCUCGAGUGUGUGCGAGACCAAGGGCAUGGGUUUGAUGCCAAGUCCUUCAUCGAUCUGGAUGCAGACAAUGAUCAAGGGGACGAUAUGGUGAAAGAUUCCCUUCGCCGCGUUAUCGCAGCACUAGAGAAGGCUUGUAUUUGA